GCGACAGGCGCCAAGGCCAACCGGGAGGCCCUCUACUUGGAUCCGACCCACCGGGAUCGAUGGGAGAAGUUGUCUCGCAGCUUCCUGGAGAGGGCUUUGGAAAGGAUGCAGGCAGAUGAAGCCCCGGAUGUUUGCGAACUUCGGCGCCUCGCAGCAUUGCAACAUUUCCUUGAGGUCGAUGUUGCCGACUUGAUCCUGCCUGCGCACCAGAGGUGCAGCGAGGACUCCUACUUGCCAGAGCCGCUUUGCGACGUCUGCGUGCAAUUCCUGAUGGAUGUCACGCGUGGAGUCUAUGUGGUUCAAGGCACCCGCUACGACUUCGAGGUCGCGUUGGCGGAGUCCGGACUGGAUGUCGAGAAGCAAAGCCUGGAGGUCGAAAACCUCAAAGAAGUCUUCUCCUCCAAGGUGGCUGCGGAUGUCCGGCGUCAUCUGACGGAGUCCGAUGCCGGGCACAUGGCACGAAGGGGUGCCAACCAGCUCGUACAGGCAGUUACGGCCCUGCUCACGCAGUCAGGCUUGGCAAACAUUGAGCGAGCCUGCGGGGAGCAAGUCAUCGUCAGCGGCGGUGACCAAGAGCUGUAUUUCGAGCUGAAGCAGGGGCCACCAAGAUGCUGGGAUCUCGUCCUCUCUUGCAAGAAGACGAACUUCACCAGCUUCAUGCUCAACUCGCGGAGCGACGCCAUGGAGGUUCUGGCCUGUUCUCCCAGCUCCCGCAUCGAAAGGUUUGCUGUCAUACGCCUCAUGGCGCAAUUGCAGUCGCUCUCCGUGGAGGUGCUGGAAUUCCGUUCCGAGGUGGAGCUCCAGAACGAAUUGGGUCUGCCAAUCUCACUGCCGCAUCCAGAGGCAGAGGCCAAGCGCAUCUCCAAGAAGGAGGGUGGCAUCCAGACCAGGGAUCACCCUUGUUCUAAGGCCUACGACUCAUUCCUGGAAUGUGUGCGGCGUUGCCCAGACAGCUACCAGAAGAAGUGUCGCACAGAAGCCGGCAAAUAUCUGGCGUGUAUGGAAGAGAACAAAUCCUGGAAGUCGCAAACGCGGUUCACGUACAUGCGAUUUCUGGAGCACUUCCGCCUCUUCACAGAAGGUUCUGGGGGCAGAGAAGAAGGGAUCGGCCGGUUCUUGUACAAAGAUCCGACUCCUAGGACCCAUGGUGUCGGCACCGUCAUGGAGUUUGGCCGUUCGGCCCUUAUUUGUGUCAGUUCAAGGCACAGCCUAGUCUGGAGGCAGGGGCCCGUCGUUUUCCAAGAGCAGGUUCUGAAACCAGAGCGGGCAGAGGUGAAAAGGCACGUGAAGCUUCCCAAGACGCAGGCCACAGAAGAAGGGCAGGAGCCAGCUGUUUCGAAGCGCCUCAAUCGCAACCCGGAAAUGCCCAUGCGCGAGAUGCCGAAACAGGCCGACCCACACGACUCCAAGUUCCGCGCGAGCCACGCCACAGCGUUCAAUUGGCAUCGGAUGGGAGCCAAAGGAGCUUGCGCGGCAGCACAAGGAGUGAAGCUGACGAUGUGUCCGUUUUGGGCUGAUUAUGCUCCGGAGAUGUCCGUCGCACGGUCUGACUUGUGCAGUGUGUUUCAGAAGGUGUCUGCAGCUUCGGAUGACGAGCGGAUACCACUGCCUGUCCGCGUGAUCAGUGAGCACUUCAACGUCGAACCAGUCUUUCUCUGGCGACUCGCUCUGGGCCUCGGUGCUGUGCUUGUUAUCUACCUCGUCAUUCUUCUCUGUUUCUUCAGAGGCACGGAAGCAAGACACGGAUGUCGUCAGCGCAUCGGCGAUUGUACGCAGGAGGUUUGCAGCCGGGAGAAUGUCAGCCCGACAGACUUGCGGGGUGUUGUUCGCUCCUUUUGA